GAUUUUCCAUUCUUCAAGCGAUUAUGGAAGCUGCAGUACAGAACAACUGGCAAGUGACAGCCAGAUCUGUAGGAAACAUAAAGGAUGUUCAAGAGUUCAGAAGAAUUAUAGAGGAGAUGGACAGGCGGCAAGAAAAAAGAUACUUAAUUGACUGCGAAGUAGACAGAAUCAACACCAUUUUGGAACAGGUUGUAAUCCUUGGCAAACAUUCUAGAGGCUAUCACUACAUGUUAGCUAACCUGGGCUUCACAGACAUUGUUCUGGAGAGAGUAAUGCAUGGAGGUGCCAACAUUACUGGAUUCCAGAUUGUUAAUAAUGAAAACCCAAUGGUUCAACAGUUUCUACAACGCUGGGUGAGGCUUGAUGAAAGGGAAUUCCCUGAAGCCAAAAACUCACCAUUAAAGUAUACAUCUGCACUGACCCACGAUGCAGUCCUAGUCAUAGCAGAGGCUUUCCGUUACCUCCGAAGACAGCGUGUGGAUGUCUCCAGGCGAGGCAGUGCUGGAGACUGCCUGGCUAACCCUGCAGUACCAUGGAGCCAAGGAAUUGAUAUAGAAAGAGCGCUGAAAAUGGUGCAAGUUCAAGGAAUGACAGGGAACAUCCAGUUUGACACCUAUGGGCGGAGAACAAAUUAUACAAUUGAUGUGUAUGAAAUGAAAGCUGCUGGGUCACGGAAGGCUGGUUAUUGGAACGAAUAUGAAAGAUUUGUGCCAGCAUUAGAUCAGCUGCCCUCUAAUGACACUUCAUCUGUGGAGAACAGAACUAUAGUAGUCACUACCAUCUUGGAAUCACCGUAUGUAAUGUAUAAGAAAAACCAUGAACAACUAGAAGGGAAUGAGAGAUAUGAAGGAUAUUGUGUAGACUUAGCUUCUGAAAUAGCAAAACAUGUUGGAAUAAAAUACAAACUGUCAAUUGUUGGAGAUGGGAAAUAUGGAGCUAGGGACCCAGAGACUAAGAUAUGGAAUGGCAUGGUGGGUGAACUGGUCUAUGGGAGAGCAGAUAUAGCUGUUGCCCCUCUCACCAUAACAUUGGUGCGAGAAGAAGUCAUAGACUUUUCCAAACCCUUUAUGAGCCUGGGCAUCUCCAUCAUGAUCAAGAAACCUCAGAAAUCUAAACCGGGUGUAUUCUCUUUCCUGGAUCCUUUGGCUUAUGAAAUUUGGAUGUGUAUAGUCUUUGCUUACAUUGGCGUCAGCGUGGUUCUUUUCCUAGUCAGCAGAUUCAGUCCUUAUGAAUGGCACUUGGAAGACGGCAGUGAAGAACCACGUGACCCUCAGAAUCCUCCUGACCCUCCAAAUGAGUUUGGAAUAUUUAACAGCCUUUGGUUUUCCCUGGGUGCCUUUAUGCAGCAAGGAUGCGAUAUUUCUCCAAGAUCUCUCUCAGGGCGAAUUGUUGGAGGAGUCUGGUGGUUCUUCACUCUCAUCAUUAUCUCUUCCUACACUGCUAAUCUUGCUGCCUUCCUUACGGUGGAGAGGAUGGUUUCUCCCAUAGAGAGUGCAGAGGACCUGGCGAAACAAACCGAAAUAGCCUAUGGCACUUUGGAUUCAGGCUCAACCAAAGAAUUCUUUAGAAGGUCAAAAAUAGCCGUCUACGAGAAAAUGUGGUCUUACAUGAAGUCGGCCGAACCAUCGGUGUUCACCAAAACGACGGCGGACGGGGUGGCGAGGGUGCGGAAGUCGAAGGGGAAGUUUGCCUUCCUGCUGGAAUCGACGAUGAACGAGUACAUCGAGCAGCGCAAGCCUUGCGACACCAUGAAAGUCGGCGGCAACCUGGAUUCCAAGGGCUAUGGUGUAGCAACCCCCAAAGGCUCAGCAUUAAGAACUCCUGUAAACCUUGCAGUAUUGAAACUCAGUGAACAAGGCAUCUUAGACAAGCUGAAAAACAAAUGGUGGUACGAUAAGGGUGAAUGUGGAGCCAAGGACUCCGGAAGUAAGGACAAGACGAGCGCUCUGAGCCUGAGCAAUGUCGCCGGGGUUUUCUACAUCCUGGUGGGAGGCCUGGGGCUGGCCAUGAUGGUGGCGUUGAUCGAGUUCUGCUACAAGUCUCGGGCCGAGUCCAAGCGAAUGAAACUCACCAAGAACACGCAGAACUUCAAACCUGCUCCCGCCACCAACACCCAGAAUUACGCUACGUACCGAGAAGGCUACAAUGUGUACGGCACAGAAAGUGUGAAAAUCUAGGGAUCCUCACCCUGACAGCAUGCAAGAGGAGAAGCAGCAGAGAAAGUGGCUACUUCAUGGAUUCGGACCACCUGAGCCAGUCGCACUCUCUCCGAGGUGUCAGGCAUGACACGCACUGACGAUGGUGCAAUGUACUUUUAAUAGGAAAAACUGAUAUUUUUUCCUUCAGUGCCUUAUGGAAGACUCUGAGACUCACAACAAUGCAAACCAUCACUGAAAUAUUCUUGCUUUGCUUGAAAGAAGAAAAA